AUGCUCCUGCAACGCUCUGGUCUCGAUAGCACAGAGCGAGGGGCUAUCAUCUCCAACCUGAAGAACCAGUUCACCACCAGUCAGGUGAAGGGUGCUCUCCGCCUUGCCUGGCCUGCUGAUGAUUUGAAGAAGCGGGAUAAUCUCCGGGGCUCUGCGCUCUUUCUGGAGGAAGAUGAAGCACUUCUUUUGGAGGAGGACGAUAGCCUUGGUGAGGACCUGAUGAAUGAGGCCGAUCAGGAGCACUACUCUUACCUUACGGCAGAUGUAGAGGUUGCUCUUCAGGCCUACAAUGGGGCACGGCGGACCUUGAAAGAGGCCAGAGAGAAACAGAGCUUCUUCAAGAAGAGUCGACAGUUCUACGGUUCUCGGAAAGACUUCAACCCCAAGCCCAAAAGUGAGACCAGCUUUCAGCGCAAUCCGCCAAUCAUGCCAGCAAUGUCCAAAGCUCAGCUGAUCGAGAAGAUCCAGGAGUACGGCGAGACUCCUCCCUCUACGUGGGGCAAGACCCAACUGGAGGGUCGGCUUGCAGAGUUGAAACACCUUCACCAAGUCGAAGAAGGGUCACAGACCAAGAGCCGUGUAGCCGAACUCAACAAGGCUGCUCGCAAGAAAGAUCAUCUCUUGGCUUACAUGAAGGACAACAACAUCCAGCACUCGGGACACGAGACCAUCAGUCAACUCUUGGCUCUGGGGCACCGCCACAUUCUGGAGACCACCAGUCCUCGGGGAUCCGAUGCCAUGGGCUUCGGGAAGCAUGCCAACCUGACCUACUCGGAGGUGGCCAACCAGGACUGGAACGAUGUACAAUGGAUGCUGACCACCUGCCAGGAGGCAGGAGGCCUGAAGGGCACCAGCGAUUGGCGCCUGAAGCGGUUCAUCCAGUGGUACACUCAUGGUCAGAAGGGCAUCCAGAAGCCGGCAGGAUCAUCCAAGAAGGUCGAGAACAGCAAGGAUGUCAAGUCUCAAGGCUAUGCUCCAAAGACCUAUGCGAUGAACUCGCCCCGCCAAGAAGAGAAGACGGACUCCUCAUUCACGGUCAUCUCUGCUCCAGUUCUUCCAACCGAGACCGAGGAGGAGAUGGAGACAAUCUCAGAGACAGAGCUGGAAAUUCAACGCCUCGAGGGCCAACUUCGCGAUCUCCAGCGUGCCAAGAAGGAGCGCUCCAGCCGUGCUGCACCUGCGCCUCCUCGGGCGGAGCCACAAUGA